UGCUGAUAAUUGUGUUUUUUCAGUUUCGUUGGAAAUACUGAAAUUGAUGUGGACGUCAAAAGAUACUACUGCAAAGCUGGUAUUAAAAGCAUACAGCUCCAUGGAGUGUUGAGAGUAGUCAUGGAGCCAUUGCUAGGUGACAUGCCCCUUGUCGGAGCUCUGUCCCUGUUCUUCCUGAAAAAACCUCUUCUGGAAAUCAACUGGACAGGCCUCACCAAUAUACUAGACAUUCCUGGGCUCAAUGGCUUCUCAGACAGUCUGAUUCAGGACAUCAUCUACAGCUACCUGGUGUUGCCCAACCGCAUCACUAUCCCACUAGUGGGAGAUAUAGAACUGGCUCAGCUACGCUUCCCUAUGCCAAAGGGAGUCCUGAGGAUUCACUUCCUGGAGGCUCAGGACCUGGAGGGGAAGGAUAAAUUCCUGGGCGGGCUGAUCAAGGGGAAGUCUGACCCCUACGGCGUCCUCCAGAUUGGCAACCAGCUCUUCCAGAGCAAGACGGUCAAAGAGAGCCUGCACCCCAAAUGGAACGAAGUUUACGAGGCCCUGGUAUAUGAGCACUCAGGUCAACAUCUGGAGAUUGAGUUGUUUGAUGAGGACCCAGACAAAGAUGAUUUCCUGGGGAGCCUGAUGAUCGAUAUGACGGAGCUUCACAAAGAGCAGAAGGUCGAUGAGUGGUUUGACCUGGAAGAAGUCUCCACGGGGAAACUACACUUGAAACUGGAAUGGCUCUCUCUGCUCUCCACCCCUGAAAAGAUGGACCAGGUGUUGAGGAGCGUGCGAGCUGACAGAAGCCUGGCCAAUGAUGGACUCUCAUCUGCUCUCCUGGUGGUGUACUUGGACUCAGCAAAGAACCUGCCGAGCGUCUUCACAGGGAGCUUUGGGUGCGGAAACUUAAAAGAGAGGAGAGCAUCUGGCCUAGUAUUUUGUGAGAACAAUACCUCAAUGUAUAGAACCUUAUUCUCCGGCAAGAAAACGAGCAGUGAUCCAAGUCCUUACGUUUAUUUCACAGUUGGGAACAAAUCAUUUGAGAGUAAGAUCCGCUGUAAGACCAAUGAGCCAAUGUGGGAGGAAGCUUUCUUCUUCCUCGUCCAUAACCCCAGGAGGCAGGAGCUGGAAGUGGAGGUGAAGGACGACAAGCACAAGUGCACCCUGGGUAAUCUUACAGUCCCCUUGAGUGGUCUGUUGGUGGAGGAAGACAUGACGUUUACUCAGCAGUUUUCCCUGAGGAACUCUGGACCCAGCUCCACACUCAAACUGAAGUUGACUCUCAGGGUUCUGUGCCUGGAGAAGCAGACAAGUGCGGCGGACCAGCUUUCCUCUGUCCAGGUGAGGAAAGCCAGCGUGGUCAACCCCACCGUCCCCUCCCAGAGACUCUCCGCAUCAGAGUUGCCUCUCCCCCCAGCCACCACCACCCCACCACCACUCAUGGAGGCCUCCACCCACUCCCUCCAUCGCCGGGAGGAGCGAAGGGAGGAGCCAUACGGAGGCAGCCCCAUCAGGAGCACCUCUCUCAGGAGCACUUCCAACCUGAGCACCACCAUAUCCAACUCCCAGAAACACCUGCCCCACAAGGACUCCAUGGCCAGCCUGGCCUCGGACAUCUCCCUGCCCUUCGCCACCCAAGAGCUGCAGCAGAGGCUCAGGCAGCUGCAGAAUGGGUCUGCCCCUAGUCCGUACCCCCUGGGGGAGAUUCAGCUGACUGUCCGCCACAGCUCCCAGAGGAACAAGCUCAUCGUGGUGGUGCACGCCUGUCGAAACCUCAUUGCGUUCACUAAGGAUGGAUCAGAUCCUUUCGUUCGGGUUUACUUGCUCCCUGACAAGAGCCGGACAGGCCGGAGGAAGACCAGCACCAUAAAGAAAACCCUGAACCCUGUGUAUGAUCAAACGUUUGAGUUCAGUGUUUCCAUGGCGGAGCUGCACAGGAGAACUCUGGACAUCGCUGUGAAGAAUGGAGGGAGUAUACUGUCCAAACACAGAGGACUCCUCGGGAAGGUGAUGGUGGAUUUGAGUGUUGAGGAUAUAUCCAAGGGCUGGACACAAUGGUAUGAUCUGACUGAAGAUGGCAACCGCAAAACAGUCCAGGCAUAGAGAGGUAGAGAUGGACACAGGAAGACCGCACCUCCAUCAU